CACGUUUCUUUAUUUUUAUAUAUGUUUUAAUCCAACGCUGACUGCUCUGCGUCUUAGACUGAAGCUCUUUUGGUCUAGGAGCGACAGAGGAGCGGCAGACUCCGCGGAACAACUUCACAUUUCCUUGAAAUUGAAGGCGAAUUCGGGCCGGGGGGAGGACUGGUAAUCCUGAGGGGGGAAGAAAGACGGUGGUGGGAAAUGGCCACUCAGGUGGAGGCUCUCCUGCCCGGCAACCCGCUAGCCAAAGCGGAGGAGCACGGCAAAGUUAUCCGAGGUGAGCCGGAGGAAGACGAGGGCGGACGGGGCGACGGGGCCAAGCGGCAGACGGGUGUCGCCGACCAGGGCAGCAGCGGCAGCAGCAGCCCCGGACAGGGAGGGACCCCAUGUACGGAGGAGCAGACCUCCAAACAGGCGACGGAGGAUAGCAAAGAGGGCUGUGACAGCGAAGACAAACAAAACGAGGAGGGUGUUAAAAGCAGCAGCAGAAAGGAGUUUACUGAAGCUCCCCCGCCCAAGGUGAACCCGUGGACUAGGAAAAUGAAUGCGGUUACCGUGGUCAGCGUGAAUGGACAAGCACACCACGAAUCGACCGGCCCCGCCAAGGUAGUGCGAGCAGGGAACCCACCCAAAGCCAGACGUGGAGGAAAGGUUGGAGAUUUUGGCGACGCAAACAGCUGGCCAACUCCAGGGGAGAUUGCAACUAAAGACAUGCAGAUUGAGGCAGUGACACGGACCGUGUCCUGCCCGCCGACUGUCAGGCAGGUCAGAGACUCAUGGAGAUUCACUACCCCCAAGAGGACAACAGCCAAGAAGGACUCUAAGGAGAAGAGAGAGAGCAACGAGGAGAGCAAGGAGAACCUGAAGGCCAAGUCAGACGACUCCGGAGAGGAGAAGAAUGGUGACGACGAUUCCCAGAAGAACGGGCCGAAGAAGAAAGGAAACAAGCAGAAGUGGGUUCCCCUGAUGAUCGAGGUGAAGUCGGAGGGUCCUAGGGAGCGCUCGGCCUCAAGGAACAACAGCAGACAGAAUGAAAACCCCCGCCUCCCUCCCAACGCCAGGAACGACCUCAGAGACUGGCACAGUCAAAAGUACGAGCGGGAAUGGCGCGACGAUCAUGACGAGGUGUCCAGUGUGAAGAGCGAAGGGGCGCCGUUCCGUGGAGGGUUCAGAGGUCGCGGACGUGGGAGAGGAAGAGGCCGGGGACGAGGCAGAGGUGGUGGGAGAGGUCACUAUGACUACCACUACGGCUACAAGUCGUAUGAUAUGAAAGACGGACCCUAUGGCCAGAAGUUCAGCAACUCGGUGACCUACUACUACGACAACAUGAGCAGCAACGACCUUUACUCCGUCGACCAGGACCUGCUGAAGGACUACAUCAAGAGGCAGAUUGAGUACUAUUUCAGCCUGGACAACCUGGAGCGGGACUUCUUCCUGCGGCGGAAGAUGGAUCAGGAGGGCUUCCUGCCCAUCGGACUCAUCGCCAGUUUCCACAGAGUGCAGGCCCUCACCACCGACAUCAACAUCAUUCUGGAGGCUUUGAAGGACAGUAAGGAAGUGGAGGUGAUCGACAUGAAAAUCCGUCGGAAGGUGGACCCUGAGAAGUGGCCUCUGCCGGGCCUGAGCAUGCCUAACCAAACCCACACCGACUUUUCCCAGCUCAUCAACUGCCCCGAGUUUGUCCCAAGACAGAUGGUCGAGGAGCCCAGAGGGUCUCCCAGGGCCUCCACACCAGUGAAGCAGCAGACCAAGACUGAAUCAGACAUCUCCAACCUCAAGACGAUGCCCAAGGGCCUCUCUGCCAGCCUCCCUGACCUGGACUCUGAGUCCUGGAUUGAGGUCAAGAAGAGGCCUAGACCCUCUCCGGCCAGACCCAAGGUCAGCGCAGAAAAGGCCCCCUCGUUCCAGCAGCAGCAGCAGCAGAAGGAGAAGGACGACUUGAUUCGCUCCCCGGUGCCGCAGCCUGGCUCCUCGCCCUCCCCUGUUACCCCAGGAAUUAAGGACGGAGCGGAGCAGGACGAACCAGAGGAGCUGGACUUCAUGUUCGACGAGGAGAUGGAGCAGAUGGACGGGCGGCGCAACACCUUCACCGACUGGUCGGAUGAGGAGACGGACGGCGAAAUCGACGACCAUGACGUCAACAAGAUCCUGAUCGUGACACAGACGCCGCCCUACCUGAGGAAGCACCCGGGCGGCGACCGCACGGGACACCACACAUCGCGCGCCAAGCUGACCAGCGAGUUGGUCAAGGUUAUCAACGACGGGCUCUUCUACUACGAGCAGGACCUGUGGGACGACACGUACGAGCCCGAGUACGCCACCAUCAAGCAAGAGGUGGAGAACUUCAAGAAGGUCCACCUGAUCAGCCGCGAACAGUUUGACUGCCUGACCCCCGAACCCCCUGUCGACCCCAACCAGGAAGUCCCCCCAGGUCCCCCACGACCUCAGCAGAUUCCCACAGACGCUUUGGCAAACAAACUCUUCGGUGCCCCUGAGCCCUCCUCAACAGCUCGCUCGCUCCCAACUACCGUGCCUGAUUCGCCCAACUACCGCAGUGCCCGGACGCCCCGCACGCCUCGCACCCCUCACAGGAAGGACGCGACCAUGACGCCGCGCUUCUACCCAGUGGUGAAGGAAAGUCGGCCUGUCGAUGCCAAGACGCCCAGAAAGAGGAAGACCCGACACAGCUCCAACCCACCCAUGGAGUGUCACGUUGGCUGGGUGAUGGACUCCAGAGAGCAUCGCUCCCGUACCGCCUCCGUCAGCUCUAACGCCAGCCCGUCAGAGGGCACCCCUGCCCUGGGUAACAUUGGCUGCACGCCUCAGUCCCUCCCCAAGUUCCAGCACCCAUCACACGAGCUGCUCAAGGAGAACGGCUUCACGCAACACGUUUACCACAAGUACCGCCGGCGCUGCCUAAACGAGCGAAAGCGGCUGGGAAUCGGCCAAUCUCAGGAGAUGAAUACGCUCUUCCGUUUCUGGUCCUUUUUCCUGCGGGAUCACUUCAACAGGAAGAUGUACGAGGAGUUCAGACAGCUGGUGGUCGAGGACGGGAAAGAAGGAUACAGGUAUGGAUUGGAGUGCCUCUUCAGGUACUACAGCUACGGCCUGGAGAAGAAGUUUAGGCCAGACAUCUUUAAGGAUUUCCAGGAGGAGACCAUGAAAGACUACGAGGCCGGCCAGCUUUAUGGACUGGAGAAGUUCUGGGCCUUCCUUAAAUACUCCAAGGCCAAAACCCUGGAGAUCGAUCCCAAGCUGCAGGAGUAUCUGAGCAAGUUUAAACGCCUGGAAGAUUUCAGGAUUGAUCCGCCUAUGGAGGAAGGACGCCGCAGAAGACACUCUUCCAGCGGGGACGGUCGCCGCAGGCACCCCUCUCUGCCCUCCAGCCGGCCACACAGCCAGGCCAGCUCAGGCCCCAGCCCCGCCCCCAUCGCCCAGGGGCCCGCAGCCAAGGAUGAUACCAAACCCACCAGCCAGAAAGACCCCCCCGCCCCCUCCGCUGACCCCGCAUCAGAUGCCAAGACACUGAAGUAACCCCACAAACACGCCGGCCCGCACGGAUCAACUCAACCACGUCUGCAAGUCGCCGGUUCUCUCUGCGCCACAGGAGGGGGG